GGAGCCGGGUGCGCGGGCCGCCCUGGUAUAUCUGCGCCUGCGCGGCGCUGCUGCUGCUGGGCCAGUCGGGACGGAGGAGACAAGAUGGCGCUGCGGGCGAUGCGGGGGAUUGUGAACGGGGCCGCACCCGAGCUACCCGUAUCCACCAGCGGGCCGGUGGUGGGAUCUCGGGAGCAGGCGCUCGCGGUUAGUCGGAACUACCUCUCCCAGCCUCGCCUCACAUACAAGACAGUAUCAGGAGUCAAUGGUCCACUAGUGAUCUUAGAUCAAGUUAAGUUUCCCAGAUAUGCUGAGAUUGUCCACUUGACAUUACCAGAUGGCACGAAGAGAAGUGGGCAAGUUCUAGAAGUUAGUGGUUCCAAAGCUGUGGUUCAGGUAUUUGAAGGGACUUCAGGUAUAGAUGCCAAGAAAACGUCCUGUGAGUUUACUGGGGAUAUUCUCCGAACACCAGUGUCUGAAGAUAUGCUUGGUCGGGUAUUCAAUGGAUCAGGAAAACCCAUUGACAAAGGUCCUGUUGUACUGGCUGAAGACUUUCUUGAUAUCAUGGGUCAGCCAAUCAAUCCUCAAUGUCGAAUCUACCCAGAGGAGAUGAUUCAGACUGGCAUUUCAGCUAUAGAUGGCAUGAACAGUAUUGCUAGAGGGCAGAAGAUUCCUAUCUUCUCUGCUGCUGGGUUACCGCACAAUGAGAUUGCAGCUCAGAUCUGUCGCCAGGCUGGUUUGGUAAAGAAAUCCAAAGAUGUAGUGGACUACAGUGAAGAAAAUUUUGCAAUUGUAUUUGCUGCUAUGGGUGUAAAUAUGGAAACUGCCCGGUUCUUCAAAUCUGACUUUGAAGAAAAUGGCUCAAUGGACAAUGUCUGCCUCUUUUUGAACUUGGCUAAUGACCCAACUAUUGAGCGAAUCAUCACUCCUCGCCUGGCUCUGACCACAGCUGAAUUUCUGGCAUACCAGUGUGAGAAACACGUAUUGGUUAUCCUGACAGACAUGAGUUCUUACGCUGAAGCACUUCGAGAGGUUUCAGCAGCCAGGGAGGAGGUGCCUGGUAGACGAGGCUUCCCAGGUUACAUGUAUACAGAUUUAGCCACAAUAUAUGAACGUGCUGGGCGAGUGGAAGGUAGAAAUGGCUCGAUUACUCAAAUCCCUAUUCUCACCAUGCCUAACGAUGAUAUCACUCACCCCAUCCCUGACCUGACUGGGUAUAUUACGGAGGGGCAGAUCUAUGUGGACAGACAGCUGCACAACCGACAGAUUUACCCUCCUAUUAAUGUGCUACCCUCCCUAUCACGGUUAAUGAAGUCUGCUAUUGGAGAAGGUAUGACCAGAAAGGAUCAUGCCGAUGUUUCCAACCAGCUGUAUGCGUGCUAUGCGAUUGGGAAGGAUGUGCAAGCCAUGAAAGCUGUAGUGGGAGAAGAAGCUCUCACCUCAGAUGAUCUUCUUUACUUGGAAUUUCUGCAGAAGUUUGAGAGGAACUUUAUUGCUCAGGGUCCUUAUGAAAAUCGCACUGUGUAUGAGACUUUGGACAUUGGCUGGCAACUGCUCCGAAUCUUUCCCAAAGAAAUGCUGAAGAGAAUCCCUCAGAGCACCCUGAGCGAGUUUUACCCUCGAGACUCUGCCAAGCAUUAGCUGCUGCCUCCUCACUGGCUUGGUCCUCUUGUGAAAUACUGGUCCUGUUUUCUUUAUUCCUUUCUCCCCCGGCCCCACCUUUGUGUUGGAGUUUACCGUGUUACCCUGUAAUUAAAAACAAAGAAUAGGUAACAUAUUGUGCCAGUGUUGCAAUGUUUUAAACUGCUAACAGACUUUAAAAUAUCCCCUACUCAUAAAACCGGGGUUUUCAGUGCUUUGUUUAAAGUAGCUGCAGGGAUGGAGUUUUCUUAUUGAUGUAUGUAUUUGUACAUAGUGGUGUAGUUAGUUAGGCAAUAACGUCCUCAUUUUUUGGGUCUCUUAGACCUUACCUCUCAACCAACCCCCUGGAGAGUUUCAGUCUAAAGUUACAAUGUUUUGGUCUCUAAAUUAGGGGCAAGAUCUGGCCUGAAAGAAAUCUCCUUUCAGAAGAGCCACCAAGAGGCUCUUUGCUGAGUGUUUUCUUUUGGGUGGUCGUGUGCCUGUGGGUCUGGGCUGCUGCUCUAAGCAGAUAGAUUUUACUGUCUACUUGCUCGUUCUUGUACAAUGAAUAGAUCAGCAAAAGGAGUUUCCUUUUCCUCUUUAGUAAUAUGCAUUGGGACCCCUGUGUCUUACAGUUCUCCCUCUGAGUAACACACAGAAUCAUGCAACUUUUGCACAGCUGGCAUUUACCUGAUAGCAGCAAGAUGCCUUGUCUCAGUGAUAUUUACUGGGUUUCCAUGCAGAGGAAUCACGUGAUUCAAAUAGCUAAUAGAAUUGUUGCUUGGGGUACAAUAAAAGAAGAAGAAAGAAAAACCUAUAUCCAUUUUACAUUCUGUUGUGCUAACAGUGGUUUAAGUUUCUAAAGUGUUUACCAGAUGCCGAAGGCAAGGUGGGAAGUGAAAGCUCUUAUGUUUAUGGAUAUUUUAAACUCUGUUAGACAGCAGCCUUUGGAAAAUCCCCGAUUUGGUUCUGCUUUCUGACCUGUCUUUACCUUUUCAGGGUAAUCUGUGGCACAAGUGAUUGCAUUUAACAGCUUUAGAGUUUUAUUAAUUCCUGCUCCUCCCUGGUGCGAGCCCUGAGCUAUCUUCUAUGCAGUUCUGCCCUGUCUGCUGUUUGGUCUCUUUGUGUUCUUUGUUACUUGGACUUGGGUGCAAUAGCAACUUCUCUACUCUGUGCAUUCCAUCUUUCAAGUUGUGUAAAGUUCCUCACUUUUUUCUCUGAGGGUCUGGGGGUGGGGGGAGUCAGCAUGAUUAUAUUUUAAUGUAGAAAAUGUGAUAUCUGGAUAUAAAAUGAAAAUAAAUGUUAAAUUAAAUGGAA